AUGGCCUCAAAUCGACAACGUGAGGCCGAGAAGGCAUUGCACGACCAAACUAAUAUUCUUCCGUUCGGCCAGCUCAUGGUUGUGUUUUCGGGAUUGGCCACAUCAUUGUUGAUUACCAUGUCCGACCAGAAUGGUAUUAGUGUGACAUUGCCCACUAUUGCACGCGACCUAGGAGCUCAAGAUACCAUUUCCUGGGCUGGUACUUCAUCCUUGAUUGCAAAUACUAUGUUCACUGUGCUAUACGGACGACUGUCUGAUAUUUUCGGCCGCAAGGCCAUCUAUAUCUCCGCAUUGGUAUUACUAUGUCUUGCGGAUCUGUGCUGUGGUCUUUCUGUUAACCCGACCAUGUUCUAUAUUUUCCGAGGUCUGGCCGGUGUUGCUGGUGGCGGUGUCACAUCUCUGACUAUGAUUAUUGUGUCCGAUGUUGUUACUCUUGAACAGCGUGGAAAGUAUCAGGGUAUCCUGGGUGCUGCACUUGGCAUUGGAAAUGUCAUCGGUCCGUUCAUUGCAGCUGCAUUUAUCAUGGAUUCAACAUGGCGAGGCUUUUUCUGGCUCAUUUCCCCGUUGGCUGCUUGUUCCGCUGUGGUGGGAUUCUUUCUCAUUCCGAACAAUGCGAAGAAGAGUAACUUCCGGGAUAAUAUUAAACGCAUUGAUUGGUGGGGUGUACUCGCCUCUUCGAUUGGAAUUAUCUUCUUGUUGAUCCCCAUUUCUGGUGGUGGUUCUUAUUUCCAGUGGGACUCUGCAAUGGUAAUCAGCAUGCUUGUUAUUGGAGGAUUGUCAAUGAUUGCUUUCAUCUUUAUUGAGUGGAAAGUGGCUACGCUUCCCAUGUUGCCAAUGGCUUUCUUCAAGAACAGUGUUAUCACUGCUCUCUUCCUGCAAAGUUUCUUACUGGGAGCGGUCUACCAAUCUUAUCUCUACUACUUGCCGCUUUACUACCAAAAUGGACGUGGCUGGGAUCCCAUUGUUUCAGCUGCAUUGACAGCUCCCAUGGUCGCCUGUCAGUCCGUUUCAUCUGUGUGCUCAGGACAGUACAUCUCUCGGCUGAAGCGAUACGGCGAAAUCAUCUGGAUCGGAUUUGGAGUCUGGACUCUGGGCGCCGGCCUGAUGCUACUCUUUGGUCGCCACACGCACCCAGCCGUCAUCGCUGUCAUCGUCGGUAUCACUGGUAUUGGAAUUGGCUUCACAUUCCAGCCGACUAUGGUAGCGCUACAGGCCCACUGCACCAAAUCUCAGCGUGCCAUUUCCAUCUCUAAUCGCAAUUUCUUCCGCUGUAUGGGCGGCUCCGUUGGCCUUGCUGUCUCGGCCGCACUUUUACAGGCGAGCCUUCGCUCAAACCUGCCCAGUCAACUCUCCUAUCUCGCAGAAUCCACUUAUUCGAUUCCUUCCCAGUCGAGUGUCAGUGCAGAGGAGUGGUCUGAGAUUUUGUCUUCGUAUUCGAAAGCAUCGCAUUCGGUUUUUAUUCUUCAGGUUCCCUUGAUUGGUGUGUGUUUCCUCGCAUGCUCUCUUAUCCGUGAUCGCGGUCUUGAAAGGCCAAAGGAGCCCGAGGAGAUUGAGGAGGAGAAGCGGAAAGCAGAGCAGGCGUCUAGAGAUGCCGAGGCUGCCCUUCACGAGGUUGAUGAUGCCGAAAAUCCCCAGGCCGAAGAGAAUGUUGAAAAACGGCAUUCAAUGUCGUCGACACUCGCGGAAUCUUCUAUGCCUCCUUCUCGUGCUGAGCCAGAGCUUUCUAAUGUGGAUGAGAGGCAAUCAUCGAUGCAGUGCGACAAUGAAUAUCCAACUUGCUCCAACUGCCAGAAGGCCGGGGUCACGUGCGAUAAGUCCAGCGUAAGAGACGACGCAAGUCGCCAAGAUGAUUACACGCGCACACUGGAAGAGCGAGUAAUAUUCCUUGAAGGCAAGCUAAAUCGCCAGGAAUCAGCAACGGCCCAGGAUACAAAUGCCGCUGCCUCACUAUGGUCUCCCUCGGGAGGACAGCGCACUCCACAGACAACGACAUCAUCCGGCUUAGACAACAACCCCGUCGGCGAGAUCGUGGGUCUUCUAGCAUUAAGUUCGUCUGAAGCACCUGCCUACGUGGGAGCAAGCUCGGGCCUCUCACUGGCUGCCAACCUCGGGGAGAUGGUUCAAACCAGCGUCUGGAACCAAUUUAUCUCGAGAAUGCAUCAAAGUCCAAGUACAGGCUGUGGAAAUGCUUCACAGGGUACAGCGGGGCCUAACUCUAGCCAAUCGCAACCUCAGCCGGGAAGGGGCUGUGCUCAUCGAGAUCCGGCCAUUGUUGAAUUUCCAAAUGACGAAGUUGGAUCGAGGAUUCUGGAAAUUUAUUUCAAGAGACUUCAAUCCCGAUAUCCAUUUUUGCAUCGCAAACGAACAUGGCAACUUCAUGAGGAGAGAGGGCGACUGUCGAAAACGAAGCGCGAAGACCUCACGCAUGCUGAUCGAUACGCGAUAUUCAAGCUCAGUAUGAUUUAUGCUAUUGGGUCUACGAUGAUCCAAAUUAGUGGGAACAAACCAUACAUAACGACACCACCUGAGCGAUAUUAUGCCACCGCGCUGCAAUAUGUGCCAGCAAUUGCCGACGCACGCUCCCUCGAGAACAUCGAAGCUAUGGUUCUUCUUGUGGUUUAUCAUCUACGUACUGCAUCUAGCCAUGGAAUGUGGUACAUGAUUGGACUUGCCAUGCGCACGGCCAUUGAUCUUGGCCUUCACCGAAAAGCAAACGAAAGCAAUCUGGACCCAUUCUCGGUACAGAUGCGACGAAGACUCUUUUGGUCAGUGUACUUCCUCGAGAGAGGUGUGGCAAUGUCACUGGGUCGACCAUUUAGUGUUUCCGAUCGCCACAUUGACCUUGAUCUGCCAUUGGACAUCGACGACGACGUAGAGGAUCCCGCAUUGCUUACAGCACCACAAAGCUUGGACCCUACCAAAACAACCAACCUCACAUUCUCUAUCUAUCUCUUCAAAAUUCGCCGCAUUGACUCCAGGAUCCUACACAAGAUCUACCGAGCCGACCGUCUUAUAUCCUCCCUACGACCCAAAAUGGAUCCCUUGUACCUCGAACUCGAACAGUGGAAAGAGUCCGUCUUGCUACGUUUCCGCGGUCCAGAGCUCGACUACCCCAUGCUGCACUACUACAGAGCGGUGCGACUAUUGAUCCAACCCUUUCUACCUCUACUACCAAUAACAGACCGAUACUACCAAAUCUGUCUCCAAGCCGCUGGAGAAAUCUGCCAAUCACAAAAACGCCUUCACCAAACCCUGGACUACGGCCACUCAUUCCUGGCCGUCCAAACGGUCUUCAUGGCCGGUAUUACUCUCCUCUACGCCCUUUGGACCCACACCGAAGAAGUCUGGUCCGUAAGCAUGAGCAACAACAUCCGAGCCUGCUCAACCGUCCUAUUCGUAAUGGGCGAACGAGCAGCCUGGGUAAAAAAAUACAGAGAUGCCUUCGAGCUCCUCGUCAACGCCGCCAUGGAAAAGCUGCAGGGAAACGAAACCGCCCGAAAUGCGGGUAUAGCAGAGCUGAUGACCGCCCAGCAUGGCGGGGUCCCUUUGAAUUAUAAUCCCGCUUCUGAUAUGCCAGGUGGAGAGAAGUUCCCACCGUCGAACUCGACGGGCUUGGCGCCUGAGGCUGGACCUUAUCCUGCUGACGAUAGUGGCCAUGCCGUAAGGAUGGCGUUGCAGCUUGCGCCUUGGAUUGAUCAGGACGAGAGUGGUCCGAUGUGGAUGCCUGAUUUUGAGACAUUGGAGAAUCUUUCAGGCACAUUUUGGAGUCAUGCUGAUAUGAAUCUUUUUGAUGCGCUAUAA